AUGGUGUCAGAAAACAGGAUGAGUGAGGCCAUUGAGGAUGGAUUCAGUCUCACUAAAAAGCAAGCAUUUUCUUUCGCGGCGAUGAUGUGUCUCAGCCUGAUGGCUGCACUUGACGGGUCCUCUAUAUCUGUCACGUUACCAGCUAUCGCGAAUGAGCUUGAUGCUUCGGCCAUCGAGACCUUCUGGACGGGGACUUCAUAUCUGUUAUGUUGUGCAGUUUUUCAACCAAUAUUUGGGUCUCUAUCCGAAACUUUUGGCCGCAGAAUCUUCAUUUUCCUGGCCAUUAUCUUCUUCUCCGUUGGUGCUCUUGUGGCGGGGACGGCGCACCAUAUAUUCCGCCUUCUCCUUGGUCGUUCCUUGCAAGGGGUUGGAGGAGGUGGUCUCAUUACGUUAACGGGUGUGAUGAUUGCAGACUUUGUACCUCUGAAAGAGCGUGGAAAGUAUUUCGGCAUUCUUAGUGCCAUGUGGGCUCUAGGUUCUGUUAUUGGUCCUGUCAUCGGUGGAUGCUUCGCAGAAAGAUCAACCUGGCGUUGGAUCUUCUAUAUCAACUUCCCUUUCAUUGGUAUCGGGGCUGCCCUCCUUGUGUUUAGUUUCCCGCCUUCGCACGUCAACGACAAGUUCUGGGCUCUGCUCAGGAGAGUUGACUACCUAGGCAUGUUUCUGUUCGUCACGAGCAUCAGCUCCUUUUUAAUCCCCCUUUCUUGGGGUCUCGCCAUCUUUGCAGUAUACGAGGUUCGAUGUGCCUCGAAUCCGCUAAUUCCCCCGGCUCUUUUCCGAGAUCGGUCCACGACUAUCUCCUUGACUGGUUUCUGGGCCCUUGGUCUCUUGCUCUGGUGUGGACUAUACUAUCUCCCACUCUAUUACCAGGUGGUCCAAGGAUACAGCCCGAUUAUCACUGGCGUGGCCCUGUUCCCUGCUACAUUAACAGUCGCUCCCGUGGCCGCCGUCACUGGAAUUUGCAUCACUGCCACUGGUCGAUAUCGAUGGGCUAUAUGGGGUGGCUGGGCACUAUCAUCCCUGGGUUUCGGACUACUCUGUCUCCUUGGUGUCAAUACAAGUAUCCCUGCUUGGGUCUUCCUGGACCUAGUGUCCGGAAUAGGACUCGGAAUAGGGGUGCCCGCUAUGGCGUUUGCAGUUCAGGCCUCGGCAGCACCACAUCUCGUACCGCUAGCCAUUACCCUUUCCACUUUUUUCCGCAGCUUUGGACAGUCAGUGGGGGUUGCUAUCGGUGGUGCAAUCUUCGAGAAUCGUUUAAAAGUGGCGUUUUUGUCUUCUCCACAUCUCAAAGAGCUCGCCAGUCAAUAUAAUCGCGAUGUCUUUGGUGUGAUUGCAUUUCUGCGUAAUACGGACGAAAUGACCGCACAUGAGAUUCGAUCAGCUUAUGUGGACAGCUUGCGCAUUGUGUGGGCUUUUGGCUGUGCAAUAUCGGGCAUUUCUUUAGUUACAACCUGGACGCUGCAUAAGCAUCUGCAGGUGACCCCUCUGCCGGCAAAUAGUUUCGCGGCGUUUUUGGAUUCUCCCGAGGGGCAGGAGGCUGAGACUAAGGUUCCGUUUGAGUUGUUCUAUCGGCGUUUUGCAGGGGAGGUGGACUCAACUGUGUUGGUUGGGGUUUAUAAUGAUCUGCUGAGGGAGGCGACGAAGGUGGGUGGGGGUCGUGGGGAACAUGCGGCGAGUGCACCAUCUGGAGCGGCUUGUCCGCAUAAUAUGAUACUUACCAAGAGGUGGAUGAUUGUGCUGCCCAGAAGACGAGGCGCAGUUAAUAAAAAGGCCGGGGUGAAUUCGUUAGGCAUGGUGGGGGUGAUCGCCGUGGCUACGACGAAGGAGAUCGAUAAAUGGGUCAGCCUGGGGUUGACAGAGUCCCUGGCAGAAUUGGGAGUACCCAAGAAAAUAUAA